AUGAAGACAACUUCGCUACUGUACAGCGUUUCGCUGUUCCUCGGCUCCGCCCUCGCGUUUCCAGCGAACUUGCUCAACGCCGAUAUCAGCAGCGAGACACUUGCGGAAAUCAACAGUAUUGUUGCUAGGAUUGAGCGCGAGACGGCCGCUGCUGCGUCUGCAAAGCGGCAGUUGGGGCUUGGGCUUGUGAAGCCAGUGUUUGAUGCUAAUGCGCAGCGUGUGAGCGUUACGGGGGAGCAUCGAUAUAUCGCACCAGGACCAAACGACAUCCGCGGUCCUUGCCCCGGUCUCAACGUCCUCGCAAACCAUGGAUACAUCUCGCGAACGGGAGUUGCGUCGGUGAUUGAUUUGACCACUGCGUCGACCGAAGUCUUCGGCAUGGCAACUGACCUCUCCGCCUUCCUCUCCGUCUACUCUGGCCUCGUCGCUGGCGAUCUAACCACCGUCUCUAUUGGUGGUAAGCCCAAGAGCGGCGGCUUGCUGACUGGCGUCACGUCGUCGCUUGGCCUGCUGGGCGAGGCGCAGGGACUGAGUGCGUCGCAUAAUCGGUUUGAGGCGGAUUGUUCGCCUACGAGGGGGGAUUUGUACAAGACUGGCGACACCGACUCCCUCAACCUCGCUCAAUUCGAAGAGCUAGCGGCCAUGCCCCUCGGCCCGAACGGAUACGAUCUCACCGUCAUGCAUCCCUUCCGGGGCUCUCGCUUCAACAACUCUAUCGCGACGAAUGGACGCUACUUUGCGGGCCCGUUCACGCACUAUGCGAUUAAUACGGCUACGUACCUUUUCACGUACCACUUUUUCCGUAACCACAGUGCGCAGUUUCCCGAUGGCUAUCUUGAUUUGGAGACGCUCAAGUCGUUUGAGGGUGUGACCGGGGAGAAGGGAAGUUUCAAGUGGGCGGCUGGUCGGGAGAGGAUUCCUGAUAAUUAUUACCGCCGUGCUAUCGGUGAUGAAUAUGGCAUUGCGUCUUUCGCCCUCGAUGCUGUCGGUGCGCUGCAGGCUCUCCCCUACAUGGCUGUUGUUGGCGGCAACACGGGCAAGCCCAACACGUUUACUGGUGUCAAUAUUGCGGAUUUGACCGGUGGUGUUUUCAACGCCCAGACGCUGCUUGAAGGUAACAAUGCCAUGUGCUUUGCGUUCCAGUUUGUGCAGUUUGCCUCGCCGGAUAUCCUGGAUGGCCUGCUUGGCAAUGUUUUGCUUGCGGUGCGCAAGUUGACGGCUGUGCUUGAUCCUAUUCUUGCUAUCCUGGGAUGCCCGCAGGCUGCCAAGUUCGACAUGGGAUUGCUGUCUAGCUUCCCUGGUGGAAAGAUGUAG